AACUGUGAAUACAAAUGUUAAUUGCUGUCACCAGGAGAUGGGGAAAUUUAACACGUUUCGGCGCAAUCCAAUUUGCAGACAUGUGACAAUGAGGUUGAAGUCUGAUUGAAUUUUAAAAGAAGGAAAUAUGAGGAGACAAUACUCACCGAAUCAUGCUAAAUAUUAUCAGCUGCCGACAGGUUAAUUCUUUAAUUCGCAAGAUCCAAUGAUUAAUUCUCCCAGCUUACUAUUACACUUUUCUGCGUAAAUUGGAUAGGAGAAUUUGGUCUUAUUCGCACAUAAAAGCCUCUAGCUGAUGAGCUUGCCUGUUCUCAUAACGUGUCUACGAGAUAGAGUAUUGGAAUUGCAAGGAGAAAUUAUAUGUUAAUCAUUCAUGGGGUUAAAGGAUUAGAAACAAACCUAAGUUGCGUAAGUUUUCGCGGUAAAGCUGGCUCGACGUCUUUUCGAUAACUGCAUUUAUUACACAGUUUCCGUUUGUGACCCAAAGAGAAUUUACGGUACUGGCGCACCUUGAUUCUGUAUGCGCAUUUGAAUUGCCCUAAAUACACUUCUACUUCUUGCGGUGCUUGGCUCGAAUUCGUGUUAAGUACUGGUUCUUGUUUCUCUGUCGGGCGGCACGAUAAGAUUGAUCGAGAGAAGACUAUAUUUCACUACUUUGGACUAUGCGCGCGGAUUGAAUCCGAAGGCGUGAAGUCCUGCCAAGAUCAAAGAUGACUUUCUGGUUGUACUUUCAAUUAUUCCCGUAUUUGUUCGCAAUAAAAACAAGUCAAGGUUUGGAAAGUAACCACAGACAAGUUCUGACCAUUGGAGGGUUCUACGCUUCAGGAAAAAUGACCACUUUUCAGAACGCGUCGGGAAUCAUCCAGACCGUAAAUGAAGCAGUUCGAACCAUAAACGAGCGCUCGCAGCUUCUUCCCGGCUAUAAAUUGGAGAUCGAAUGGAGGGAUACCAAGUGUCAGCUGGGUCAUGGAGUCCAGGCUCUGUUUCAAAGUGUUAACGAGUCUCCUACGAAGAUAAUGCUCCUUGGAGGAAUGUGUAGUGCUGCAACUGGACCAAUUGCCGAAUGUUCUCACCUUUUAAACCUGAUACAGGUCGGCUAUGGGGCGUCGUCUAUUUAUUUGUCUAACAAGCAAAAGUACCCACUUUUCUUCAGAACGGUUCCCCCAGAGAAGGGGCAUAAUUCUGGGCGCGUGGCUGUACUUAAGUAUUUCAAAUGGAUGAGAAUUGCUAUAUUAACAGAGAGAGAGCCUUAUUAUGAAGCUGCUUUGGCAAGUCUGACAAAGCCGCUUGAGAAAAACGAUAUGUUAGUAGUGGCUCAAGAAUUUCUUGGAGAUGGAAUGGAAGAAGACCGCAAAUCUCUAAUCAAGUUAUUGAAGGCUAGAGAUGCUCGAAUUAUUGUUGGACUUUUCUCUGAAGAAAAAGCUGUCGAAGUCUUCUGUCAGGCGUACAAGCAAGAGCUUUAUGGUGAGAGGUAUGUCUGGAUGUUGAUAGGAUGGUAUCAGUCGCGUUGGUGGAACGCACAUCCAGCAGUCCUGUCCAAACAAAAUUGCGAGGCUAAGCACGUGAUGAAGGCUUUUGGUAAUUACGUCACAACGGAGUUUCUGAAAUUUGGACCCAGUUCCCCACGCAUGAUAGGAGGCGAGGGUGCGUACCAUGCAUGGAAAAAUAAAUUUGACGAGCUUGGUUUAUAUUCUGGUUUUGCGCACGACGCCUUGGUUGCUAUGGUUUUGGCUCUAAACCGUUCAGCCGAGGUUCUCGCAGCGAAAAAUAAAAGCUUGGCAGAUUUUACUUACAGUGACUCGGAAAUGGCAGGAGUGUUUAAGAAGUCUUUAUCCAAUGUCUCAUUUCGUGGAUUUUCGGGACAAGUAUACUUUAACGAUAAAGGAGAAAGGGAAGGAAUUAUAACAGUCGGUCAAAUGCAAGAUCAAGAGAUAAAAAUACUUGGUAACUACACGGUUUCAGACGAAAGGCUGGUCAUCGAGUCGUCAAAGUUCGUUUGGAAAGGUGGUAGUGUUCCCGCUGACCAAAUGACCACAGUGGACAAGCUGCAGACGAUUUCGAUCGGAUCGUUCGGAUUUUUUUGUGCGGUUGAGGUCUUAGGGAUUAUCAUUGCUGUGGCUUUCCUGGCCUUCAACAUUUCUUACAGUAGUCACAGAUUUAUCAAGAUGUCAAGUCCACGUCUAAAUAAUGUCAUUGUGGUUGGUGCCAUUCUUAUUUACAUCGCUGGUAUUCUGUUGGGCAUCGAUGGCAACUUCGCGAGUAUCGACAUUGAGGCAAUUUUGCAAUGCAGACUUUCGACCUGGGUAGCUUGUCUUGGAUUCACACUCGGUUUUGGUGGCAUGUUCUUAAAGACUUGGAGAGUGCACAAAAUUUUUCUUAAUAGAACAAAGAAAAUGAUCAUAACUGACUUCCAAUUGUUCGCAGUGCUGGGUCUGUUUCUUUCCAUCGAUCUCCUAAUUCUUAUGGUUUGGGAGAUUGUUGAUCCCUUGUACGCUAGUAAACACUACACAGGACGAGAGGAAUACCGCUCAUCCACGGACACCAACUACAAGGCUUAUUACAUUGAGUGCACCUCGAAUCACCCGAAAAUCUGGCUUGGGGUUAUCUAUGCCUACAAAGGACUUAUGUUGGCGUUCGGUGCCCUGAUGGCCUGGGAGACAAGGAAUGUCACUUUCCCAGCGUUGAACGACUCCAAACACAUCGGUAUUUCAGUGUACAACGUGGUAUUCCCGUGCGCCCUUGGAAUGACAAUUGUCAACGUGGUGGAUUAUAACCCGAAUGUGUUUUACGUGGUUCUUUCCGUGUUGGUUGUUUUCUGUACCACCAUUACACUGUGUAUUGUGUUUGUUCCAAAGAUAUCAACCGUUAGAGCAGAUCCUCUGGGGAAAAACAGACCUCGCUUUGUACCGGCACUGAAUCGUCAAACAGUGCGGGGGCAAAUAGACGAAAGGCAACAGUUACAGCCAGUUCAACAACAACAGCAGAGACCUAAUUCUACUCAGACACAAGAAAACAGUCAACGAACAAAUGCUAGUCCUAUAUAACGUGCGGUGCGAAGAUUAGUUAGACGCGAGUGAAAUAGUUUAAAAUCCAGUAAGACACUGUUGUAAUUUCAGUUCGAACGAGAAUCGGUAAAGAGAGAGCUGCGAGAGAGCCCAAGAAUAGAACUCCUCGAUAUUCCUAAUCGAUCACUAUCGAUUCGUCACGGAUCACAGCACACUCUACCAAAUGGUUCUAAAGGGUGCAUUCCGAUAGUCCAUUGUACAGUCGUGUACUUGGUUGCCAAGCCUUUGGACAGAAGUGAGGCCAAGGUUGACCUUGUUAUGAUACUAACCUUGCUGCUUUUCAAAUGCAAAUUACUUUGUUAUUAUGCUAACUAGAUACCGGUCAACAAGGUCACCUUCAGCCUCACUCCAAAUCAAAGGCUUGGCACCUAAGUAUAUUACUGUAAAAUGGUCUAUUGAGAGUGGUAAAAUCAAAACGAGGUUAAUCCCAACGGCCAAUCAGUGAAAAGUGGAAUAUCACAAAAAGCUGCUGAACCCUCCAAGAUGAGUUCACAAGUCUAGACUAGUUUUAGCUUUGCAUCUGAUUGGUUAAAAAUAAGCACGACUUUUCAAUCUCAGGGCGUAAUAAAUUACAACCAAAACAAUCCUAAAUUACUGUCCGCACCCAAUUAAAAAUUGUUCUAAAUGAUGAGCAGUAAAACAUAGUCAAAAAACAAAAGACAAGUAAUAAAAUUAAAAAAAAAACCAACAAUGACAACAACCACAAAAGUGAAAUUGAAAUUUUUCCAACAAGGAAUACCUUAGAGUAAGCCUGUAAGUCACGUUCGCAGACAAGCAUAAAUAAUUCAGCCUACAAUGUUACUCCAGCACUUGAUAGAGAUAUCAUGUAUCCAAAGAAUAGCACUGGACUUCUAAACUGUUACAGCCACGGAUAGCACUUUACGCUCCAGGAUGUAAUUCUUUCAGUUAAUUUCAUUUAUUCACGCAUACGAAAGGACAUAAUGAUGAAAAUAAAU